AUGUUUGUACCUAAGGCAAACCCACGAAACCCUCGCAGACGCCCGCGUACGAGCUCCGAUGAAUCGGUAAAGCCACCCAAAGCAAAGAGACAACGCUCUGUGUUGCGACAGGCAGAAGGACCGCCCUCUGUCAGUCUGGACUAUGAGAAUGGACAAGAAACAGUGGAUUUGGCUACAUCGCUCACUCCUAAUGAGCAGGCGGGCGAAGAUGCACACCUCCCGAUUCGAGCCGUAAAGCCAACCGAAGAGCCCAGCGGCGAUCUUGAUGGAGCAAUUGUUCUGUCGAGCACAGAUUACUACACAGCAGAUCAACUUCCGGCACUGCCUGACCAAAUACGGGGGUUAGCAACAGGUAAGACUUAUAUUUGUCGUACUAUUGAAUUGGUGUAUCAAACUAACCUAUUGCGACAUAACGCAGAGCCGCUUAAGAGUUUCUUUUCAGCUAGCCAAGAUUAUGCUCUCGCCUUAACACACUCUCAUGCAAUUGUAUGGCCUUACAAUGCUCCAAACUCCGCACCACCACCCUCGCAAACAUUCACAGUCUCAAUUCCCGAAUCUUGUCGAGAUCCUCAUGGGCCUGUGCCACUUGGUAUCCUACUCUCCACUGCUACAGGUGAAUACCCCGGUCUCUUGGUGAUCAUUCCGUCGACAGGAAAGAUUAUCUACUGGGAAACAGUGUCUAGUGCUGCGACACUCGGAUUAUCUCGACAAAAGCAGAAUGGAAUUCAGGGCUUCACACCGGGUCUCUUGUCCGGUGAGUAUGCUACCGAGAUUAUGAAUUGCGAACCUUCAGGAACUGUGGCAAUAUUUUCGUCCGGACGUACAGCACAUAUCACCCUCAGAGAUUCUCAAGGAAAGCCCUCUGUUCUUGUGAAUUUCUUGAGGAGCGGCUCGAGCUCUGGAGCAGGCGGAUUUCUUGGAGGUAUUAAGAGUGUGCUGGGAGGAGGUUAUUGGAGAAAGGAGGUUAGUGCUGUGCGCGCUGGCGAGUCGCGCCAACGGGGUCAACGUGACGUGAUUAUCGCAACUUCGACGGGACUGGUGGAGAUUUGGGAUACUCACUGGAACCACGGGAAUGCAUUGAAGAAAAAGUUCGAUGUGAAGGAGGACAUCAUCGCCGCGCUUCCCAUUGCUGCCCAAGAGCCUGGAAAACCAACUGGGGAGCCAGACUUGAAAAUUAUGGAUUUCGCAUAUGUCAGCCAACCCUCUUCUGACGAUUCGGAAUCCCAUGAUACAGAUGAAUCAUGGCGUUUAUACCUGGUUGCAAGCUCAACACCCUGGCUGGAAUCUAGAAAGAUCUUUGUCAUUGAAUUAAGCUUGAGUGGCAAGGGCUCGCAGGUACUGUCCACACGCCCCGUGGAUCUCAGUAAUAUUCCAGCGAUCCAGGAAGAUUCGAAACCGAGAAUCCUUGUGCCAAAGUCCGAAAAAACUGCAUUCAUCCUCAUCAAACAAUCCCUCGUCAUCUUAUCACUCACAAGUACAGUGGAGGAAACUCCAACUUCACAGCUCCUCUCAAGUUCAAAUGAACUGCCGUUGUCAUUCCAGGACUCCAUCCAUCUUCGCACUGGCAAAGAAUACGAAGUCCUUGGAUACGGCGUAGAAGAUGUGUCUGAUGGGGAGGACUGCGAUUCUUGCGUGCUUAUGAUUCGAAAUUUUGGCGUCGUUCGCGUGAAUGUGGCACCUCACUACCCAGCGGAAAUUGAGGUGGAUGAGGGUCAGCUGAGUGCAAAGCACAAGCUCGAACAGGCAAUCUUUUUCGGAACCAUGGCAAAGAAUCCGUUAGACUUGAUUGGUGAAGGUGGCUUGGACUUUGCUGCUGCUGAAAUCGAACAAGCCUCCCUUGAAAUCUGCAGUGAUCUUCUCCGUUCAGAAUCAAGAUUUAUUCCCAACACAUCAAUAUCAAUUGAAGAAAACUUGAGAUUGAGAGCGAAAGCACUGGACGACCUUGCCCUCUUAUUGGGAAAAAAGGGCUAUCCCUUGAGUCGUCCUGCGAAGUGGGAGUUAUUAUGGGGAGCAGAGAAGCUUGCUGCUCAGAGAGCCAUGUGUACAUUGGACCAGAAGUUUCAAUCGGGAGAGGAUGGCCACUUCAUCAGUCACGUCAUUGAGUCUAUGAACGACAAGUUCAAGACUCGCUCAACCAAUCAGCAAGACCCAGCAGAUCAUCAACGCACUUGGUUCCUCCGCGACUCCUAUCAGAUGGAACAUAUUAUUCCUUGGAUCAAGAACGCAAUUAAGCCUCGUCGUGGAAACUCUUCUAAGCAGGCGCGGAAGCUAUCCGAACAGAUACUCCAGGCAAGCGAACUUCUGCUUGCGAUCAUGGAGACGGCCUACCAAUUUCGCGACAGGCAUGCCGCGUCCUACGGUCUUGGAGAUGAUUUCCUGGAAGACGGUGUUGUCGCCGACGGAUAUGAGGAUCUUCCUGAGUUCUGGACGUCUAGAGCAGUGGGUUAUGCUGAGACAGGCCACCUCCUUGACUGGGAACUAGAUAGUUGUCGGGCUUGGAUUCAACAGUCGUCGAGCGCGGAUGCGCCUGAUGGCCAAACUCUAAAAAAAAUCGCCAUUAACAGUGCCCGUCACCUUCGAGUUCUUGGUCAAAUGCAUCAAGAGCGAACUCGCUGGCUUGCUUCUCAGAAUGACCCCAAACUGGUAGACGAAGGUGUUUCUAUUGAGCAGUCGCACAUGAAGGAACGCAAAUGGCAACUAUUCAAAUUGGCAGGAAUCGGCCAUCUACAAGACGCAUUGAGUCUCGCGGAGCGAUUCCGGGAUAUGGGUGCUUUGGUCGAACUCAUAAUUGAACUACAAGACCAGGUGAAGAAUGGAUCAUCUCAGAAUACUUCAGGAGACUCAGCUACAGUGGAAACUGAAGCCGAUGUUGCACACCGAAUCUCUCAAUAUUUCGAAAAAUUUGGUGAUUCAUGGGCGGAUGCCUACUUUUCACGACAAAUCUCGAUGGGACAUCCAGGGGCCUUACUCUCUAUGCGAAAAUACCAAUCCUCUGUUACUCGCUUCCUACGAACCAACCCAGCAUACUCUAAGCUCAGUUGGAUCAAUGAUGUCAAUGGCGAGGAUGACUACGAGACUGCAGCAGUCUGCCUGGAGAAUCUGGCCAUUGAUAGUGAGAAACAGCUUUGGUGCCAUCGUGUCCAGGUCUCACUAGCAAAGCUGGGUCUACUGGCUUCAAGCGAGAACCAGCCAGCUCUGGGAAACGGGAGUGCGUUGCAAGAUAACGUCAAACGUUUAGAUAGCUACAGCGAGGUCGAUGCAGUACAGGAGCUUCUCCAGGUGUAUGUUCAGCCAGUGUUGGAAGGUGCGAUUGAUCAAAAGGCUGAAACUGAGCUGGUACUGGAUUACUUUGGAAGCCAGCUUCGCGGAGAUCGCCCUUCGUUGCAUGAGAUACUGGGCGAAACUUUCUCCGCCCUGAUUGGUGGAAAAAUUGUUGGUGUCGAUGGAUUAAUUGAUUUACUGACACUGAUGGGCUCGGUGCCGGUCUCUGAUGAGAUUGACAAUGAGCUCCGCGAACGGGAGUUCUAUCACGCCCUCCGGGUUUUAGACCAUAGUCAAUAUGCCCAGCAAGAUCAGUCAUACCUUUCAGCCUUACGAAAACUGAUUUGGCGACGGUGCAUGAUUAAGGACGAUUGGAAAGCGCGCGGGAAAGCAGCUGAAAAAUCAAAUGGGGAUGUCGAUAGUGCUGCUGAUUCAACUGCUCUCUAUACCACCCUGACAACCUGUCUAACAGAGCAUGCUGAAACAGUUUCCCCAUCUAUCUACAAACCCCUAUCCCCCACAGAGAGUUUGAUGGCAGAGUCAGAGUCAGACAUUCUGGUCUCACGCUUCCGCCCUGAACAAAGGGCGCGAGUCGCCGUUGAUUUGAAACGCGAGGAUGAUUUGCUGCGUGAUUACAUCGAGGCAGGGAAGCUUGACUUCUGGUUCCAAAAUCUGUUGUCGACCAUUGAGUCUCAGACAUCUGCCAAGAACACUGCUCAACCCGAUAAUCAAGGCUCUAUUGAUAUGUCAUUGGACUCAAAGGUACGAUUGACAUGGGUAUGA